AUGAUUCCACUUCUUAGAUUUUAUUUUCAUAAAGAUAUUCGUACUGUGGCUGCUGAAUCUUUACCAUAUUUACUUGAUUGUGUUAAAUUACGUGAUAAUGAUUAUGCUCGUCAAUUAUGGCAAUAUAUGAAUAAACAAUUAUUUCAAGCAAUUGAAAUUGAAUCUGAUCAUGAAGUACUUGGUGAAUUAUUUUUAUCAUUAAGCAAAUGUAUUGAAAUAUUAGGUGUAUUAAGUUUAACAGGAAAUGAAUUAAAAGAAUUAACAAUCAUUCUUGAUAAUCAUCUUAAAAAACAUUUUGAACGGUCAAAUGAACGUGCUGAAAAACGACAUGAUGAAGAUUAUGAUGAAGAAACCGAAGAAGAAAUGGUUGAAGAAGAUGCUUGUGAUGCAUAUAUAUUAACUCGUUUAUCGAAUAUAAUUCAUUCACUUUUAAUAACAUAUAAAGAUUCAUAUUUGGUUUAUUUUGAUACAUUAGUACCACAUUUUAAUGCUCUUAUACAACCAACACGUUCAAUAUCUGAUCGUCAAUGUGCGUUAUGUAUAUUUGAUGAUGUAAUUCAAUUUACUGGUGCAUAUUCACAUCGCUAUUCGCAAUUUUUUCUUGCACGUAUGGCCGAAAGUCUUGCUGAUUCAUCACCUGAAAUUCGUCAAGCUGCUGCAUAUGGAUUUGGUGUAAUGGGAAGGAAUGGUGGUCCUGUUUAUGCACAUGCAUGUGCUGAAGCAUUACCUCUUUUAUUUACUCUUAUUAGUGUAUCAGAUAGUCGUUCAACAGAAAAUAAUACAGCAACUGAAAAUGCAAUUAGUGCAGUUACAAAAAUAUUUAAAUAUAAUAAUUCAUAUGUUGAUAAUCUUGAUAAACUUCAUCAAGUUUGGUUUUCUUGGCUUCCAAUUCAUGAAGAUACAGAAGAAAUACCAUAUGUUUAUGAUUAUUUAUGUGAUUUAAUUGAAUCAAAUAAUCCGAUUAUUAUUGGACAAAAUAAUUCAAAUAUAUGUAAUGUGAUUAAUUUAUUUACUGAUGCAUUUGCUAAAUCAUCGAUUGAAGUUAAUUCAGUUAUUGGUCAACGUAUGAUGCUCAUUUUACAACAAAUUCAAACUGCAAAUAUAAAUUUACCAUUAACUUCAACUAGUUUAUUACAAAACAUAUUCUCAACACAUAUUGUUCCUCCACGUUUGGCACCAACGGUUGAUCAAGUAUAUCGAAAUAAUGACUUAAUUAACCAAUCUUUACAACUUGUGCCGUAUAUUUUAUUAAGUGAACGCUCAUUACAAAUUUUAAAAAAAUGUGAUAAAGCUAAUGAUACUAAAAAUGACAUUAUACAACAUAUUAUUGAACGAAUACAAGUGAUUGAAAUUACUGUUGAUGAGAACAGAUUGAAGUAUUAUUCAACUGAUGGUAUAUCUUAUAAAUCAUCAGAUGAUACUUAUAUAUUACAAAUUAAUAAAGAAUUAUUUGAAGAUUGUAUCAAUGCCUUCAAUCAGCCAAUGGUAUUAAACAAAGCAAAGUUACGUUUAGUAAUAUCUAUUUGUCAUGAAUUUAUACAUCAUAAAAUGCACAAAUAUUUACUAAACGACAAAUGGUCAAAAGCAAAAUAUGAAAAAACUCCACCAGAACUAGUAGAAUCUGAUGUUCAUUGGGAAAAGCACGUUAUUGGUGGUCGUGUGAUUAAGAUCAAUAAAACUAUUUAUUCAUUUAUUACGAACAAUGGCGAAAAAAUUGAUCUUGAAGAUGAUUUAUGUGCAUUUUUAUUGGACAAAGUAAAUUAUGAUGAUGAAAAUUCUAAUGCUUAUUCCAGAAAAGAAAAACAACAAUUACAAUCAGGUGUUUCUAUUAAAAGAUCAAGAAAGAAAAUUGAACGUUUAUAUCUUGAUUUAAAUGGUACACAAAAAUCGAAGAAAACAAGAUCAGAACCAUAUCAAACAUAUCGCUUAACACCAAUCCAUCCAAUUUUUGCUGAAAUAACACUCGAAAAUGAUACCAAUGAUGAUAUUAUUUAUCCAGAUCUUCCUCAAAAUUGCGGUGCUUUACGUGCAUAUUUAUACAAAUAUCUUGAAGAUGAUGGUGAAAUGUUCAGUGUUGAUUUACCUAUAAAUGAUUAUGAUUGGACAUGUAGUGGUUUACGAGAACGUUGUCGUGCAACACCAUAUUUAUUACCUGAUUAUGUUAUUAUAAAACCAAAUGAAUCAAAAACAUUUACAAUAAAAUUAAUGGAAAUAACAACAGAUAAUGAAGAAGAAAAUAUGAAAAUCACUGGACAUUAUUAUUUAGAAAUAGAAAUAGGUUAUAACACAAACGAUGCAGAUGAUCUUUAUGUUGGUGAAAGAACAAUUGAAUUUAAUAUGGAAUAUGAUAAUGGAAAGAACAACGAUGAUAAUAUUGAUGUUGAACAACAAGAAAUGCCAAUCUUAAAACAAUAA